CUAAAUACGAGAUAAAAUUGAUCCUUUGAAAUAUUUCCUCGUGUCAGCAAUUAACAAUCUUUGAACAAAACAAACCUUGUCAAACCAAACCCCAGUUCACCCGAGGCAGAGAGGUAGACAGGGAGAUAUUCCAGGACAAAAUUACACGUUGUUAGUUUUAAGUAAAUGCAAAAUUACUUAAAAACAAGCAUGGAAUAAUUCUUAGGAUUUUUAACCUACCUCAGUACAAGGAGCAUGUGAUAACCAGCCGGCAACCCAGACAGAAAGGCAGCCAUGUCGCCACAGGUGGUAUAUGGUUCACCUGAGUAAGGGGCUGGACCAGGGGAGGAGUUUACCUACGUUUGAGAGGCUGCAUUCAAGACCAACAAUUAAAACCAACACUUGACGCACUCCUUCCAAUACAGUAGGAAAGCUGUUUCAUUUCACCUGUGAACGUUGUCUUUCAUCGAAGCCUUCAUUCUGGCCUCGUAAACUGAUAGUCCGACAGUAAACAAAGGCCAGCCAUUCAGAACAACCAUGUUAACAACGCCACAAAAAUGAUGUCACGUGACGGCUUAUUUUUACCCCCCUGCAAAGAAGGCCUAAAUAUGGCGCCUAAACAUGGCGCCAAUAUAGAGUCCUCCUUCCCUGAAGUUUGUUCCAAGGAUUCAGGCCACCACCUCAUCUUCAUCCUUCAAGUUGGCCAUAAGAUGACUCUCCACUACGUAGUCGUUCAUCCUCCGCUUCUCUCUGGAUCGCUUGGCUGCCUCGUUGUUCUUUCGACGCUUCUCCCAGUAGAGGGCGUCCUUCUUCUCCUCAGGACCACCCAGUUCUAACAGUAUCUAAACCACAACUUCAUCAUCAGUGACAUGUCUUAGUGCACCCACAGUCCCACUCAACAGUGACUCGUUAGUUCAGGAAGUUGAACCUCAGCAUGCAUGGAGGUUGUUACCUCUACAUUUUCAGGACAUUCAACCACACUCAUGGGGAAUCAAGCCACUCCUGACUGAGAGACAACGUCAGAGGGGUCUUACCUGGGCUGCGGAGAAAAAGCUGGACUAUUGCUCAGUGCUCCCAAGUCCUCUUUCCAGAUAAAAGGAAGCCAUGUGGGGAGUUCAAUAUGCGAUACAUGAGCCCUCACCUGGGAGGAAGCUGGGCGGGGCCUAGUACAGGUCUCACCAGGAAAAGAAGAAAGGGAGAGAGGCAGAGAUGGAUGAAACAGGGGUUUCUGAUUGAUGGCUCAGCUAUGUUGCCUGGCUGCAGGUGCUCUACGAUGCCUGAGGACAGUACUGGAAAAAAAUGCAAGAUUGAUCAUGCAGCUUCAAACAGAGCUUCAGCCAGAAGACAUAACCAGAGUUUUUGACGUCUGAGUCCCAUCGGCAUCAUGGCCAAGGAAGGUGUUGAGUCUGGUCUCACAUGGGAGGUGAGGGCAAACAGUCACCAUCACCACAAACAAAAGCAGAAGAAAUCUUUCCUGUGCUUCCGCUGGGGGCGAUACGCAGACAAUGUGCUGCGCAACCACAAGUACUCCCCCCUGACUUUUCUUCCCAUGACGCUGUUUGAGCAGUUCCAGCGAGUCGCUAAUCUCUACUUCCUCCUCAUGUUGGUGAUGCAGUGCGUCCCUGCCAUCUCGUCCAUCCCCUGGUACAUCACCAUCAUCCCACUGAUCACUGUAAUCUCUGUGAGAGGCCUGAAAGACCUUGCCAACGACAUGGCAAGAAGACGCAGUGACUCAGAGGUUAACUCCCGACCCUGUGACCUACUCAUCUCCCAGAGGUUCAGCACAGCACAGUGGAAGGAUGUGUGUGUUGGAGACAUACUGCGGAUCCAGAAAGAUCAAGUCAUCCCUGCUGACCUUCUCCUCCUGUGUAGUUCGGAGCCUCACAGUCUGUGUUAUGUGGAGACAGCAGAUAUCGAUGGAGAAACUAACCUCAAGUACCGACAGGCGCUCGGUUCUACACACAACGAGCUGACCUCUCGCCCCUCAGAGGAGAUGCUUGCUGCCUUUGAUGGUGUCGUGCUUUGUGAGGAGCCCAACAAUCGCCUGUAUACCUUCAGAGGCCAGCUGCGCUGGCGAGAAGAGUGUCUUCUACUGGACAACGAGCACAUCCUCCUGAGGGGAACAGUCCUACGCAAUACAGAGUUUGCCUACGGCGUGACUGUAUACACAGGCACAGACACCAAGAUCCUGAGGAACUGCGGGAAACUAAGAGUGAAGACGACUCGGAUGGAAAAAGUUUUCAACAAAGUUGUGUUAGGGAUAGUUCUGUCCAUCCUGCUGACAGCUCUGCUCCUUGCUAUUGGCAAUGGCGUGUUUAGCAGCCGUGUCAUGAGCCAGACUGAAAUUUUGUCUGCUCUGGUGGUAAAUGGAAAUCCUGUCUACACAGCGUUCCUCAUCUUCUGGAGCUACAUCAUUCUGCUCAGUCCGGCCAUGCCCAUAGCUCUCUACAUCACGUUUGAGGUGAUCCACACAGUCCACAGUAAGUUCAUUGGCUGGGAUAGGGAAAUGUAUUGGCAGCAGGCGGACAGACCAGCCCAGGCAAGAAAUACCUCCCUGAAUGAAGAGCUCGGCCAAGUGGGAUACCUACUGAGUGACAAAACUGGGACACUAACCCAGAACCGUCUCCUCUUCAGACAAUGCUGCAUAGCUGGAGAGAUCUAUGGUGACUCAUCAGUCAGGGCAGAGGAUACAAAGCCCAUGGAUUUAAGCUGGAAUCCUUUCUCCUGCGGUGGUCUGUACAUGUCGGCCCCCGACCUGGUGGAGAAGCUCAGAGGACAGCAGUGUGUGCUCAGUAGACAGUGUCUAACAGCACUGUCUUUGUGUCACACUGUCAUGGCAGAGUGGACUGAAGAGGCUCCAGUUUACCAGGCUGCAUCCCCAGAUGAGGAGGCUCUUGUUGGUGCUGCAAGAGAGCUGGGCUGGGUCUUUCUCUGCAGGACAAGGGACUUUAUUGUUGUCUCUGAGCUGGGUGUCAGACGGCAGUAUGAAUUGCUGGCACUGCUGGACUUUACCAGCAAGAGGAGACGCAUGUCCGUGCUGGUGCGGGAGCCGGAGGGUGGGUUAAAGCUCUACUGUAAAGGGGCGGACAUUGUGAUCUUGGAGAGAUUGCAGAAGGACUGUCCGUAUCAGGAAAGAUCUGAAAGAGCUUUAGAGUUGUUUGCCCAGGCCUGUCUGAGGACCUUGUGUGUUGCAGUUCGAUCUGUCCCUGAGGCAUUAUGGGAGCAGUGGAGUAAAACCCUGGCUGAGUCUGCUGCCAUGACAACAUCUGACCGCGACGCAUUGCUGGAAAAGCUAUACGAUCAGAUGGAGAGAGAGCUGCAGCUUCUUGGGGUGACAGCAAUCGAGGACCGGCUUCAGGAGGGUGUUCCUGAAACUAUAGCUCUGCUACAACAGGCUGGAAUUAAAGUAUGGGUACUAACUGGAGACAAAAAAGAGACUGCAGUGAAUAUUGGAUACUCUUGCAAACUCCUGGAUCCUGAUACCAGAUUACUGGAAUGGCAAGAGCUGAGACAGAUACUUCAGUCCCCAGACCCCGGGGUCAGUUUCUUUAAGACCAGGCAGACAGAGCUGUGGGCUGUAGACACGCAGACGACAGGAGCAAAGAGUGCCGUGGUCCUCACUGGACCUGAGCUGGCAGAGUUUGACCAGAGACCAGAAUGGGGGGCCACAUUCAUGAGGCUAGCAGAACAGUGUCAGUCGGUGUUAUGUUGUCGUGUAACACCUGGACAGAAGGCUGAUAUUGUCACGUUGGUCAGGAAACACACCAAUUCAGUCACCAUGUCCAUCGGGGAUGGAGCCAAUGAUGUUAACAUGAUCAAGACAGCUCAUGUUGGUGUGGGAAUAGCAGGAGUGGAGGGAGGCCAGGCCGUGCAGAAUGCAGACUUUGCUUUUUCCCAGUUCAGAUUCCUUCAAAGGCUGCUGCUGAUCCAUGGCCGCUGGUCCUACAGGCGCAUCUCCCUCUUCUUGCGAUACUUCUUGUUCAAGACUUGCGGCUUUGCUCUAGUGCAAGUAUGGUUUGGCUGUUUCAAUGGCUUCAGUGCUCAGUCACUGUAUGAGACAUGGUUCAUCGCUUUCUACACUGUCUUCUACACUUCAGCCCCAAUUAUGUGUGUAGCCUUCUUUGAGCAGGACCUGAGUGCAGAAAGCAGCCUAAAAUGGCCAGAGCUGUACAAGUCUGGACAGAAACAGGAGCUCUCCAGCCCUCUCAUGCUCUUCUUGUCCCUUCUGUACGCCGUGUACGCAUCGCUUGUACUCUUCUUUAUCCCGUUUGGAGUCUACUCUAACACAGCCUAUGACUUCCAGACCAUGGCCGUCACUGUCGCCAUGGCGGCUAUGUUUACUGCAAACAUCGAGAUAGUGCUGCUGACCAGAUACUGGACAAAGUUCAACAUAGCAGCGGUGUGUAUCUCUGUUGUGUUUUUCUUCAUCUGUACCAAGAUCACCCACAGCAGCCGCCUCUUUGAGAAAUCACCCAGCGACUAUUUAUUCCUUGGUGCGGCUGAUAAGGCCUUCACUGAUCCUGUUGUAUGGCUCACAGCUCUGCUCACUGCCUGGACGGUUGUUCUGCCCUCAAUGACUGCACUGGCUCUCAAUGUAAUCCUUAAAGUCCAUGACAAACACAAGGUCCACAGUGUGUCACAGCAGCCAGUGGAGCUGAGGUCAAAGUUGAGGAGAGAAACGUCUCUACGUCGCUCCUCUUACGCCCUCUCUCAGGGGGCGGGGACCGGACGCCUCAUCAGCUCGGGGACCUGUAUCCGCAGCACCGUGCCAACGGUGGAUGAGCAGGUGGCUGCAAAUAGAAACCCCACUAACUCACACAGCCAAAUUCACCUGAUGGACAAUAUGGUACAUUGAUGCAUCAAAUAACUCAUGAACACGUUCUGAUAGAUUUCAGGCUCUGACAUGUGAGAAUAUAGAUUGUUACUGCAGCGUAGGAUCGAUUACAAGAUACAUUCUAUGUCUGUACAGUAAACAUGUUCAUUGUAGUGUCUGCUCUCAUUUUUAUACAGCCAAAAAAUGACUAUGCAUAAUACAUCUUCUUCAUUGCUUGUAUAUAGACAGUUUACCUCUGCAGGCAUAGCUGUGAUCUUUGUUCUUUCACACUGUUGUGGUAGAAAUCAAAUUUCCAUCUCCUGCGGUCACAGGGGAUUUCCUUUGAAGAUCAAACCAAACACAAUAAACUGACAGCAGCGCUUUGUUUUACAA